AAGUCCUCCACUAUCAACAAAAGCUGAACAGAAGAAACUUUGCCUCCCUCUUCCCCUCUCUCCCUCACUCAUUCGGUGCAUCUUCUCCAUCUUCUCUCGUCGCCGGGAGCUCGAGCUUCUCCUGAUCCUACGAUCGCUGCCGCCGGAGCUCAGACAUGCCGCUCGGAGAGAGAAGCCCCGGCGACAAGGGCGAGUCCCGGUACUGCGGAGUGGAGUCCGAGUUCGACGACGACGUCCCUCGCCUCCUCUCUUUCAACAUCUCCCGCGGCGGCUUCGAUUUCGUCGUCUGUCCUCUGAUGAAUCCAACUUAUAGGCCAAGCUUACUAGAAAAAGAUGGAAAUGGAUCCAGUGUCCUGCCAUUUGCUGGGUCAGACUUAAUUUUGAACCCUUCUCAGUGGAGCAGUCAUGUUGUGGGAAAAAUUAGCUCGUGGAUUGACCUGGAUUCUGAGGACGAGAUCCUGCGAUUGGAUUCUGAAACCACUUUGAAGCAGGAAAUAGCAUGGGCUUCUCACCUCUCCCUGCAGGCCUGCUUGCUUCCUACACCUAGGCGAGCAUCCUGUGCAAAUUAUGCUAGGUGCAUUAAUCAAAUUUUGCAGGGUCUGACCAAUAUGCAGUUGUGGCUUAGAAUUCCUUUGUUCAAGGCCGAGGAUGAUUCCAUGGGUACAAGUACUGAUGAUAUGACUGAUUCUUGGGAACUGUGGAAUUCCUUUCGCCUUCUCUGUGAGCAUCGCAGCCAGCUUUCAAUUGCUCUUGAUGUUUCGAGUACAUUGCCUUCAGCAAAUUCGCUUGUCCGUUGGUUUGGAGAGCCUGUUAGAGCAGCAAUCCUAAACACAGAGUGCUUUUUAACAAAUACAAGGGGUUAUCCUUGCCUGUCAAAACGGCAUCAGAAGCUUAUCACUGGGUUUUUCAAUCAUUCAGUACAGAUAGUCAUUUCUGGAAAACCAUUACAUAAAGUUUUGAGGGGAAGCACAGAUCCAGCUGCUACGGAUAAUGGGGACAAUGUUGGCUGUGUACAGACUUUGAGGCCAUACUUGGAGUAUGUUGGUUAUCUCUAUCAGAGGCUGGAUCCACUUCCUGAGCAAGAACGGUUUGAGUUGGGUUACCGGGACUUCUUACAGUCUCCAUUACAACCUCUUAUGGAUAAUCUGGAGGCUCAAACCUAUGAGACAUUUGAGAAAGAUACAGUAAAGUACACCCAGUAUCAAAGGGCGAUUAGUCAAGCUUUGAUUGACAGAGUUCCUGAUGAGAAAGCAUCGGUUAUAACCACUGUACUGAUGGUUGUAGGAGCAGGACGUGGACCACUAGUAAGGGCAUCAUUGCAGGCUGCUGAAGAAACUGGCCGUAAGUUAAAAGUCUAUGCUGUGGAAAAAAAUCCAAAUGCAGUUGUUACACUACACAGUUUGGUCAAAUUAGAAGGGUGGGAAAAUUCUGUGACCAUAGUUUCCAGUGAUAUGCGUCACUGGGAUGCUCCUCAGAAAGCUGACAUUUUGGUUAGUGAAUUGCUUGGUUCUUUUGGCGACAAUGAGCUCUCUCCCGAAUGUCUAGAUGGAGCCCAGAGAUUUUUGAAGCAAGAUGGAUUGUCAAUUCCAUCAUCGUACACAAGCUUCAUACAGCCCGUGACAACAUCGAAGCUAUAUAAUGAUGUGAAAUCACAUAAAGAUCUUGUCCACUUUGAAACGGCUUAUGUUGUCAAAUUGCACAGUGUAGCGAGGCUUGCUCCUACACAACCUGUCUUCACAUUUACCCACCCAGACCUCUCACCUCAGAGAAGUAAUCAACGUUCCAAAAAGCUGCAAUUUGAGAUACCUAGCGAUAUGGGAUCAGCACUUGUCCAUGGAUUUGCUGGCUACUUUGAUGCAACACUUUACAAAGACGUUCAUCUUGGCAUUGAGCCAUCAGUUGCCACUCCGAAUAUGUUUAGCUGGUUCCCAAUAUUUUUCCCUCUAAGGACGCCGGUGUGUGUAUGUCCUGGUUCUCCUCUAGAAGUACAUUUUUGGCGUUGUGUCGGUUCUACGAAGGUUUGGUACGAGUGGUGUGUGACAUCUCCAUCUCCAUCAGCUGUUCACAACAGCAACGGCCGUUCAUAUUGGGUGGGACUAUAAGACUCACCAGCUUUGUAGCAUAUGAUAAACAACAAAAAGAUGGCCUUCAACCAUGUUUCGUGCGAUGGUUGGAUCUUCUGGUCCAUCCUAAUUAAUCUUGUUCUCAGAUUUCGUUGCUUUUUUCUUUUACCGGCCCUACAAUGUUGUAUCCAACUGUUGGACGCCAAGUCUGAUUCAACCAAGUUGUUCAGUUUUGAUUAUUCUUAAGUACUAGGUUUUAUUGGGA